CCGCCGCCGCAGCCAUCCGCUUCUUCUCUUCGGUUCAGCUCUCGAGAUAAAGAUGUUAUAGGCAUUUCUGCAGUUUCCAGGAUGAAGGUAAUAGCUGCCUACCUGCUUGCUGUUCUGGGUGGAAACACUUCCCCGACUGCUGAUGAUGUUAAGAGCAUUCUGGAAUCAGUUGGUGCUGAAGCUGAUGAAGAAAAACUAGAGUUCCUGCUCACAGAACUCAAAGACAAGGACAUAACAGAAGUGAUUGCAGCUGGAAGGGAAAGGUUAUCCUCUGUGCCUUCAGGUGGUGGUGCAAUUGACAUGGGAGCUCCAGCAGCUGUAGCUGGCGGUGGCGCAGCACCUGCUGAAGAGGCAAAGAAGGAAGAAAAGGUUGAAGAGAAGGAAGAGUCUGAUGAAGAUAUGGGUUUCAGCUUGUUCGAUUAAAACACCACUGCCAGUUUACAGUUUCUCUCGCGAAUGGUCUCACAAUAUUCGCUGGUUUCCACAAAAUAAGAUUGUCAAUAGCUACUACGUACUUAUGCUAUUCUGCAUGUGAUGUACGAGUGUGCAUCUUCAAGAAUCUUUAAGUUGAAUGGUCCCAUAAUAAUAUUGAUAACAAUGUAAAUUGUAUGUCCUGUACGUACUUUGGUAUCGCGACAUCUCAGUGUGCAUCUUCAAGGAUCAUAAGUUGAAUGUUAUCAUUAAGGUCAGUUUGGUUCA